AUGCGUGUGCCCCGCGGUGGGCUUCAUGGGGCCAUUCUUUUCCUCGCAGGGAUUGGUCGUGUCGUCGAGGCACUGAGUAUUGAUAUCAAUGAUGCAGCCAGCCAGACCGCCUACGGUUCGAUGUUAUGGUACUCCGGCAAUGAAACGGGUCAGAUUCCGGGAGCGUUUCCAGACAAGUGGUGGGAAGGCAGUGCUUUGUUCUUAAGCUUGCUGUAUUAUUGGCAUUAUACUGGCGAUACCACCUACAAUGCUGAAGUCAGUCAGGGUAUGGAGUGGCAGGCUGGCAAUGGGGACUACAUGCCAGCCAAUUAUAGUAGCUACUUGGGUAACGACGACCAAGGCUUUUGGGGGAUUGCCGCCAUGACAGCUGCCGAAAUCGGUUUCCCCGACGUUGACAACGGAUACUCGUGGCUGUCCCUCGCGCAGGGCGUUUUCAACACGCAAGUGGCUCGGUGGGAUAGCAGCAAUUGUGGUGGUGGACUGCGCUGGCAGAUCUUCCCAUAUCAAGCUGGCUACGCCAUGAAGAACUCGAUUUCGAACGGGCUGUUGUUCCAGCUGGCAGCACGUCUCGCUCGGUAUACCAACAACCAGACAUAUACGGAAUGGGCUGAAAAGGUUUGGGAUUGGAGUGCGUCUUCGCCGCUGCUAAAUAAUAAGACAUGGAAUGUCGCGGACUCCACCGAUAUAGCAGGCGGAUGUAAAUCCCAGGGAAACAACCAAUGGUCGUACAAUUAUGGCACGUACUUAAUCGGUGCGGCGUACAUGUAUAACAUGACCGAGAAGGAGACAUGGAAGACAGCAGUUGACGGCCUUUUGGGAGUUACACUGAACACAUUCUUCCCGAAAUCCUUUAAUUAUAUUAUGUCCGAGGUUCUCUGCGAGCCGAACGAGGUUUGCAAUGACAAUGAAAUCCUGUUCAAGGGCCUUGUCACCGGGUGGCUUGCUUUCGUUGCCUUGCUGGUCCCGUCAACUUAUGACCAGAUUCUCCCUAAGUUGCAAGCGUCCGCGCAAGGUGCUGCCGCGUCGUGCAGCGGGAUGAGCAACAACACCUGCGGGGUGCGCUGGCACGAAUCGAAGUGGGAUGGCUGGGUUGGUAUGGAAGAGCAGAUCAGCGCCACCGACGUGCUGAGUUCGGUCUUGGUCACGGAAAAGAAAUGGAGUGGCCCCUUGACCUCGUCGACAGGCGGAAACAGUACCAGCAACCCGAACGCGGGUAGCAACGAUGGCAGCAGCUCCGAUAAGAGCCAGUUAAACCCGAUCACGACCGGUGACAAGGCGGGAGCUAGUAUUGUCACGAUUGCAUUUGUUGGUGUAUGGGGUGGUUUGGUUGCCUUUAUGCGUACAAUUUCAUUAGGUGGAAAUGUCCCACUUGGCACUGAUCUAGAGCACGAGGCCCAUUGGGCUGCAAGCUGCGGGGCUCACGCUUACAUCCUCACAGGCGGUCCUGCAGGAUGUAUCAUUGCGUCACGACUUGCAUCCUGUUCGGAGAAGCCCAGGGUUCUUCUAUUAGAAGCUGGAAAGUACAAUGACUCGGAAGAUCUCUUGGUCGAUGGGCAGAGAUGGAUCACGCUACAGCAACCGGGGAUGAAUUGGGGUUACAGCACGGUGUCGCAGGAACACUGCAACGGCCGCCAACUGGAUUAUAGUCGGGGACGGGGUUUGGGAGGUAGUACUGCCAUAAACUUUGGCUUCUGGACUGUUGGAUGCCGCGGAGACUACGAUCGCUGGGCGGACCUCGUCGAUGAUCCUCGCUUUGAUUGGGCACAUAUGCAAGCGCGAUUCAAAACCCUCGAGUCAUUCCAGACAGAGGACACUGAGGCCAGGUACGGUGACUACGUCGCUCCUCGGCGCGAAGACCACGGCCAACACGGGCCACUCAAGGUAGGAUAUCCCAAAACAUGGGAACGGGAUAUUGUGCCAAUGUUGGAUAUUUUUCGUGAUGCCGGCUUUCCAGUGACCCGGGACCUUAACAGCGGAAAUCCAUUAGGCAUAGGGCCCGUGAUCAAUUCUUCCUACCAAGGUCGACGAACGACCGCAGCCACUUUGCUCCAAAGUAGUAGCGACAAUCUCACCAUUAUAACCGAGUGCUCAGUUGAGCGACUCGUUUUCGAAGGGAAGCGUGUCAUCGGUGUUGAAGCUACAGGGACUCGUUACUUUGCUGCCAAAGAGGUUAUUCUCUCUGCAGGUAGCCUCGACACACCGAAGCUAUUAAUGCUUUCCGGUAUUGGACCGAGGUCGCAGUUGGACAAACAUGGGAUUCCUAUAAUCUGUGACCUUCCUGCCAUUGGUCAGAACCUGAAGGAUCACUGCCAUGUUCCACUUGCAUUUAGACGAAACAAAGAAAGCAACGACCGACAUUCAUUCUAUGGAGAGCCAACCGCAUCGCAGGAAGCCCUGGAGACCUGGAAGAAUGACGGGACCGGGCCAUGGUCCAUUUUUGGUUGCCAGACCGUGGGUGGCUGGGUGAAAUCCUCCUCGGUCAUAGACUCUCCCGAGUUCAAGCAGCUUCCACUGACUGAGCAAGAAUUCCUCAAGGGCGAGACGGUUCCCCAUUAUGAACUAGUUUCGCAUUUCCCUUUCCACCUGCUGAUUCCAGGAGUCUCAGAGGACUUUAGCUAUGUAUGUCUUGUGGCCUUCUUGAUGAACCCUCAAAGCCGUGGCGAGGUGAAAUUACAGUCUGCCGACCCGACGGUGCCUCUUUUGUUCAACCCUAAGUUUCUGUCCCAUCCGUACGAUCGCCGUGUCGCGAUUGAAAGCUAUCGUGAUCUUCUGAAACUGAGCACCCACCCAUCCUUCUCUAAGGAUACCAUAGGGGACUUGAUUCGACCAGAGGGGGACAGUGAUGAGGCGAUCCUUGAAUUUUGGAAGCAAUUUGUCAGUUCAACCUGGCACAUGACUGGGACUGUAAAGAUGGGGAGGUCAGAAGAUCCAGACGCAGCUGUGGACAGCUCAUUCCGAGUCCGGAAUGUAGAGGGACUGCGAGUGGCUGACAUGAGUGUGGUACCUGUCCUGACAAACAAUCACACGCAGGUAACUGCCUAUCUUGUGGGAGCAACAUGUGCAGACGUUCUCAUUGAGAAGUAUAGUCUUUCGUAUCAAGUCUGA